GUCGGUGUCCGAUAACACUAUCGUUACCGACGAUUUUGCACUCGGCUUGGCUAAUUUAUUGCUCGCGAAGUCGCGAAUUCUUCACAACCCAGAGGCCAGAGGUCUGAAAGUCUAGGGUGUCGCAUACAAAAUAUUGGCCAUGGCGUUAUUCGGUAAAUACUUGAGGAUCGGCAGUACUGUUAAACACGGAUUUCAAUCAUUUCCACAAUUAACCACAGUUAAAUAUAGUGUAUAUCCACCUCAUUUUGCUGAACCAGUCUUCAAAAAACAAGAAUUAGAUAAACUUUAUGAAUCUGGAGAGAUUGAGAAUUACAAACUGAUUCCAUUUAAAGCAGCAAGAAGUAACGAAACUUGUUCUAUAUUUCAUGAUCCUAUGGUUACAAAAUUUAUAAACUAUAUGCUUCUAAAGGGACAAAAAAAAUUGGCCAGGGAAGUCUUAGAAAAAACCUUUGAAAAAAUCAAAAAGCUACAGUUAGAGAAGUAUAAUAGAGAAACAGAUCCUGAGAAGAAAGCUUCAAUGAUUAUAGAUCCUGUAACUAUACUGAAAAAAGCUGUUGCUAACUCCAAACCACUUUUAAAAUUAACUGCUGUAAAACGAGGAGGAUCUUUUUACCAGGUUCCGGUACCAAUAACAGACAAAGAAUCUACAUUUUAUGCAUUGAGAUGGUUUGUACAAUGUGGACGCGAAAAAGACAAAUCCAUUAGUUUUGCUGACUUUAUGGCCACCGAAUUAAUCAAAGCAUCCAAUAAUGAUGGAAAAGUUGUGAAUAAGAAACUGGAUUUACAUAAACAAUGUGAGGCAAACAGAGCAUAUGCACACUAUCGUUGGAGUUAGGUCUUAUACAUGUUAUAUAAUAAUUGAUUUAAUUAAGUUAUGUAAUAAAUAUUUUUCUUAGUCAUGUAAUUUUUAUAGUUUUAUAUUAUUUCCAAUUUUUUUCUAAAUAUUAAAAAAAAAUUUACCUCUUA